GGAACGACAAGGUACCUGCUAUACUACACUAACACUUGAUCAUUUUCUCCUUACGCUCCCUAAGCGACGACCCCUAUGGCGAUGGCGUCUCCUGUCCGCUCGCCCGAAAGCGCGGAGCGGAACUACUACGCGAGGUCGGCGGGGACAAAUGCCACGCCUAUCAACUCCCCACGCGCCGGAAAAGGAAAAACACCGUCAUCCUCUUACCAGCGGUUCUGCCUCGAGACCCUAUCCAUCGCAAGUAUCGGUCUGGGUGGUCUUGAAAAGUGGAAAAUGUAUGUGGCAAAAAUGAAAUUUUUUCCUGAAAAACAACACAAAUCUGUAUUUUUGCGUGACCUACUACGGUAAAAGCGCAGUUUCUUUGGUCCUGCGGAAGCGUCGUCGUGUGCUUGGCUUCUCGGCGCCUGAAGAUGGCGGGGUCAUGCUGCAUAGUUGACUAUCACAAGCUGAAGUUCCCACACCCAGAUCGAUGAUAUUUGCGACGCACGAUACACGCUUUUUAGCGACGAAAGCACCCGGGACCGCGAAGUGGUCGGGUGCUGUGGCUUAUGCAUUGCAAAAGUAUCGUACUCGUAUAAAUGCAUUACAAAUUUCCUCAGCAUGAGAAAUAAAGUUUGUAAUGCAGAUUUGCCUUGGAAACAAGAUUUGUAAUGCUGAGCUUGCAUUUGUACGACUGCGAUACUUUUGCACCGGAUAUGGCUGCGAUCGUCGGUUGGAGCCAAGCCCGUGGUAUCACACAGAAAAAAGCAGGCAGGUCAUCUCUGUUGUAAUGCAAAAAUAGAUACACAGAAAAGUCUGUCAUGGGCGGCCCAAUAGCAUGCUGUUUAGAAUAUGCAAUACAGAAGAUUUCGUUGUGUAUUUAUUUUUGCAUUACAAAUGUGACCUGCCUGCUUUUUUCUCUGUGAUACCUGGCUCAGGGUGCUUGGAGGGGUUUUUCACUGCUUCUUCGUCGGGGCCUGCGUCACAGGGAACUGGGACGGAAUCGGAAGUAGUUAAAUAUAUACUGCUGCUAUUUUUUUCAUGAGAUAUUAUACGUUUUGAGCGCAAGCGUUAUCGUCUAUAGCAGGUGUGUGUCGUAAGUACUACGGCUUUUGCUUCUAUCGAAAGUGCUGGUUCAUAAAUUAUGAUUUGAUGGAAACCGAAACUUUACGACAAGUGAAAAAAAGUACCUUUAUCGCUGCAAAUAUAUAAUUGCAGGCCCAUCCUGCAAGGCGCAAAUCGCCCUCUACAUCUUUGUAUCAUGUGCAAAAGCUGCGGCAUCUGGGCAUGGCAAAUGACGCUGCUGUCAGUAAGCAUCUACUUAGUCGGCGUUUAAUACCGCAGCAUCAACUGGUGAUUGGUUCCAGCAUGAAAAAUUUCCGCCGUGGGCUCGUUUUUACUACAACUCGGGAUAAGUACUUACAUGUACUCCAUGUGGAGCAGCGAGAUCUUCUCACCUCCAUCCACAAUGCUUUUGCACUGCAUACUUGGGGCUCUUCGCCAGUUUUUUCUUGAUUCUCAUCCUGUGCCUCUGCUCCUGCUACGCGGUCACGGGCACGUAUGGUACCGUAGGAGACCCUUGCGACGCAUGCUGUUUCCCCGUCGUGCAUAAUGUUUACGGAAGGGGACCCGGGGUGAAUACCUUUUUUUGCAUUUUCCUGGGCUUGUUCCUUAUGGCGUACCUGGUAUUUGCGUUGCUGUAUCUGAACGAGAAAUCAUCUUCACUUCGUCGUGCAAGCACAUCAUUCCUCUUUUUGUUUUUCAUUUGCAAAAGCUCUUCACUUUGCUUUUUACCUAUACCGUCGUGUACGUUGUCCGAACGGGACAUCAGCACAGAUGUGAAAGUGUGUCGUGCUGCUCGAUGCCACGUUUUACCGAAUAGAAAAGUUAGGGGCGGCUGUAGUGUCCGACGGUUGUUAUAAUGUGCACUUGAACUCCUGCAAAGCAGAAGAUAGAACGUGAAUUGUACUCUACGAUGUGCCUGCAAGUUGGGAGGUUUAUUUUUCCGUGAUGCCGUGUCGCUGUAUCAUUUGCAAGUGUGGAGGCCGAAAUUGUGGCAGCAAACAUCGAGGCCCGGCACGCUAUGCUUUAGGAAAAAAGCUUUUGGUGUUUAUUGUGUGCUGUGUCUGCAAUCAAGCAAAAGCGUUUUGUGCGGUAGUUCCGAUUGACAGGUUUAUUUUCUUGUAGAAGUGAGUUUUGCUUUUGCAUCAUCUGGAGGUUUAUGUACAUGCGUGAAUAAAAGCGUUUAAACUACUAGCAAGAGAAACAUACUCACACGAAGCCUGAACCUAAAUAGCUUCAUUUUCCUGGGAUAGCCGCCACGGAAAAUCAUGGUCGGACAGCCGGUCAUACCAAAUGCAAGUAUGUUUGGGUUAUUUGAACAUAAAGUGGAGACGUUUGUCAUGCGGCAUUUGCAUGACCCUGACCCAGAUCAUGCUCUGGCAUUCCAGCAAUAGCAUCACAAGUUUCAGCGAGAACGUUUCCCAAUGCCUAUCUGGCAUGAGGACUCCGUGACUUUCAAGGCGCAAAAAUGGCCGCAUUCGCUGUCCAUGCGUGACAGAUGCGUGUCUGGUCCUCCAAACGCGCAGCACAAGUUUAUUGCAUCCAUCCAGACCCGGACAUACUUGCGAUGCAUAGGAUAUCGUAUGAGGGUGACGUAGUUGCGGAGCAGCAGCAGGAGAAAGGGGUCUGCAGGAACAAGACAGCACCCAAUACUGCUGGAGCAGCCUGUAUUAGAUUUCCUAUUCCAUUAUUUUCAAGAUGUACAAUUUUUGUCAAGAUCAAAAUUGAUUGAAUUCGAGUAGGUGUGCGGAAAUUUUGAGGUUCAAGAUGCUUGUUCACUCUGCACCGAAAAAGAUACUAUUCAGAUGGCUGCCUUCACUGUAAAAUUAGAUUAGCUAUGGAUUUUAUUAAUGCUAUGCCGUGCGCAAGAAAAACUAAAGCUAAACUGCUUGUCAGCCCUUCGAGGCAAAAGAGACAGAAU